AUGCAUCUGAGCGACAUUCGCGACGUGUUUGACAAGGAGAAUCUCUCGGAAAAGGCGUGGCAAUUGCGUUGCAAGCUCCUCUCCCACAAAGAAGAAGUCGGCCGCCCCAUUUCGGAUAUCGAGGGGAGUCUCUCCGACGAUGACCCAAAGAAGCAGCACUCACCCAAGAACCCGACUUUCGGCGUUGAUGCCACCGUUAAGACGUACUACGAGGGCAAGAACAGUUGCAAUGGCAUCUAUGAUUGGGUCGACUUUCCGCCCAAGCAGAUGAGCAAAAAGGCCGCCGAGAGCCAAGACCGGCCCGCUAUCAAAGUCUACAAGAUCAAGGACGUCGAGAAGCCUGUCAUGGCAGGUCGAUACUCCUUGACCUAUCACCAAAUCUCCAUCCAGAACCCGACCCUCGUCGCUGCUCUGGAGCCCAUCUUCAAGAAGGAAGACGUACAUCUCGACCCUAGCGACACGGCUAUCUUUGAGGCCCCGUUUCGACCACUCUUCUUCUGCUACGAUGAGAUCCUCGAGCUGUACAAGACUACAGAUGACAGCUCGCUCAAGGGGUACUUGCAGCUCCUGGUACGAACCCUGGACGACAUGCUCGGCGAGACGCGCGAGAAGAAGCGCAAGCUGCAGGCCAGCGGUCUUAUCAACUUCAAGAUGGCCUGGACCUACUUCCCACGAGACUCGGUCGUCUACAGCAGUGCUCGGAACACGGAGCUGUUGUGCAAAGUAGAAGACACGGCGUACGAGAGGAUGGACCAGGGCGUCUUCCUCAACAUCAAGUGCAAGAUCAUGACCUUCAACGGGGAGAGCUUUGUGUGGUCCGAGCAGGAGCUUCAGAUCCCCAAGUUCGCGGGGAAUCGGCCCAUACUUGAGCUCACUCACUACCCUCUGCAGUUCCACCUGAACAAGGAAGAACUACUACAGAGGACCCUGACAAGGGGCAAGAAGGUCUUGGAUCUUCAGAGGCUGACGUAUUGCACAUACAACGGCAUCGCGAUGGGCCCGAAGAGCAAGCACAAUGUAGAGGGCAGAAUCCUCAUUGACGUUGUCGGAUUUAACAAGUACGAACGGACCCAGGGCAAGAGGGAAAACGAUGACGCCGAGACGCGACGGAAUCGUGUGACUAGGAAGCGCAUUGUCUACGAUGAUCACGGCGAGCCGGAAUCUGAAACGGAAUUGAAGAAGCCAGUAGCCAAAAACGAGAGACAUCUUGGCGAAAAGGGGCAGUUGAGGAACAAGGAAGAGAUGCUCGCGCGUCCGGAUGACCUCGUCUUCAUGUCUCCAUUGAUUGAGGGGUUCGCCUUGAAGAACAAGCUUUGGCUCGGCUUCUACGUCGAGGAUAUCGAGCCCAUCGUCUGGAACGCUCAAGCAUACGACCACUUAGUCUACGACGAGCAGCAAAAGGACCUCGUUCUCUCCUUCGUCGAGAAUCACGGCCACGCGAAUAAGAGCGCAAUGGAAGACGUCAUCGUCGGCAAGGGCCAAGGUCUCAUCAUCCUCCUUAGCGGUCCACCAGGAACCGGCAAGACACUCACAGCCGAAGCGGUCGCCGACAGGACCCAGCGCCCAUUGUUCUAUCUACAGGCCGAGGACCUCGGAAUCAACCCCUCGACGCUGGGCGAGAAGAUCAAGCGGGUAUUCGAGAUGGCCACCGAGUGGAAUGCCGUGAUCCUCCUCGAUGAGGCGGAUGUGUUCAUGGCGGAGCGGAAUCCCAACGACAUUGCGCGCAAUGAGCUCGUAUCGAUUUUCCUGCGCGAGCUGGAGUACUUCCGGGGUAUCAUCUUCUUGACGACGAACUUGUACAACACCAUCGAUACGGCGUUCAGAAGCAGAGUAAGCUUGCACUUGCUGUUCAAGGCGCUAAGCCCGGAUGCGAGGGAGCUCAUCUGGCGGAAGUUCCUCGGAAGGUUACCUCAGCAAGGCACCUCAACAGAUGGAGCGGAGGACGCGAGGACGUUGCUCUCGGACGAUGAUAUCAAGGAGCUUGGGCAUUGGCAGCUCAAUGGUCGUGAGAUCAAGACGGCUGUCAAGAUGGUGUCCAAGUGGUGCGAUCACAAGAACUAUGAGAUGAGCCUGACUAGGCUAGAGAAUGGCAUUCGGGUGACGAGUCCCCAUGCUUCGAAGCAAAAGGACUCGGGCGAGGAUGAUGAUCUGUACAGUUAA